AUCAAGUUCAAGGAUGCAAUUGGGCGGAAGUUCAAUUUCCCAUUUGACCCGUGUAAAACUUGGCCAAGUAUGAAAGCGCUAAUACGGGAAGCUUUCCUACAUAUCGAAAUCAUUGGCAAUCAUGUUGUAGAAAGCCAUUAUAAUCUGCUUGGAUCAGAUGGGGGGAUUGUUCUGCCCACUCUUUGGGAAGAAUUGAUCGAACCUGGUUGGUCCGUCUCUAUGCACAUGUGGCCUAUGCUGGAGUCCCCCCCUCCGAACGUGGGCCAUUUCCUCCUGGGCCUCUUAGAAGCCAUCCCCAAGGCCUCGCCAUUCCCCUUCAACCAGGGCCAUCACCCAGGCACCAGCCAAGGCCUCCUCAUGGACCUCCACCUCCUUCAGCCCCGAAUUGGCUAA